AGCAAAGCUUAUACGAGCAUGCCCUAGUUUCAACAGAACUUGAGAAUAAUCCAUGGAAAGAAUUUAAUAUAAAAGACAUACCAAUAUUGCAAGAAAUAAGUGAUGAGGAAAUCGAAAGUAAUAAGAGGUUGCGAGAAUUAAUUAGUGUCUGGGAAAUUAACAUAGAUGCUGUUAAUGAUGUUAACAGAGAACUUCAAUUUCUUGGAAUUGUGUAUAAUCAGACACUACAAAUACCUUGUCAUGGAAUGGCUCUCUGUCCAGCUAUUGAUCAAAGCUUAUACACAGAAAAUACAUCUAAUUCACAGGGAGUUCGUUAUAUAUGCUGUCAGUAUUAUAAAAAAAAUGGUGGAUAUUUGCAUAUACGCAUGGGUACAGGAGCUAAGAAAGACCCAGGAUGCACUGCAAUGCAUUUAGAUGAUAUUGAAACUGCUUUCUGCCACUUUGCAAAGCUAAUUGAAAUAGUGGCACAUUCAGAGAAUGAAGUAACAAAAAAGAAUUUACUUCGAAUUCUCAUUCUGUGCUUAGAAAAUUUUGAUUUGGAUUUAUCUUUUGCACCUAGCCAACUACCUAGCUUGUUUGUAGUUAACACAAUUUUUAAAAUUAAAAGACUUGAUUUUUCCAAACAACAAUUUAUACAAAAACCUAAAAAAUAUAAAGAAUUUGGAAAGUUACUUGCCCUUGAAGUUUUGAGAUUACGCACUAGCCUAGCACCUUGUAAAUCAACAUUAGAAUAUCCUGACUCCUUACAGCAGUACUAUGAAAUAAUACCAAAAUGUUUAACAAGCUUUUUUGAUGGAUUAGUUCUUACUUUGCAGCUUAAAAAAUAUGAAAUUGUAAAACAAAAACAAAAAGAAUGCAAAAGUGCCAUAGCUGAAUUCAACAAAAGUGAAAUCUUUAACCAAUUAAUUCCGGAAUAUUCACUAGGAUUUGCUAUGGAUGAAAUAAAUGUAGCGCUCAAAGAAGCAGUGGGAAAAGGAUGCAAUGUUUCUCUUCCAAUAGUCGUUAUCUUAGAAGCUGGACCAGCGCCAAACAGUAACCUUGCAGUACAUAAAACUUGUGAAAUGUAUAUAGAAGACCUGAAAUUAAAUCAAGAGGUUAACCGUAAAGACGUGUUAUGGAAAUUAGUAAAUAAACUCUCUGAAGCAAUUUUCUUUGAUGAGUCCGAAAAGCACCUACUGUUUGAAAUCUCUGACCAACUAACACCUAGUAGGUAUAAACAUAUGUUUACCUGUUAUAACAAAGGAGUAAUUAGAAUUACGAAUAUUGUCAAACAAGAUAUUUUAAAACAGGAGACACGUAUUGCAAAAGGAUGA